AUGCUUCUGGUCUCUACCGUAGCACUCGCUACCUCCCUCCUCCUCACCUCCCAAAACCUCGCCCACGCCCAAGACGUAGGUUGCUCAGCAAUCUACAACGACUUUGCCCUCUCUUCAAACCCUUCCUCCUCCUCCUCCUCCUCCUCCUACCGAAAAUGUUACACUGACCUGGCUUACAACACCGCCCUCGUCCUCCAGGGCGCCAACCCCAACUUCUCCGAUAUCCUCUCCCAGAUCUGUUCCCGUCCGGCUUGUUCUCAUUCUACACUCGUCUCUGCAAAUUCGCAGUAUUUGGCGGCCUGUGCGAGCUCUAUUGAUGUGGAGAACGCUAAUGGGAAUAUGUUGCAGAUAGGCAAGAUUGCGUUGGAGUUGUACUUUGCGGAGCCAAUUCGGGCGAUCUAUUGUACACUCGACCCGAAUGCCCGCCCGCCACCAGCACCCCCAAAACCCCCCGGCGAGCCUGCAACAAUCCCCUCCCCUCCACCGCCUUCCUACUGUCUAGAACAACCCGUUGUCGGUAGUUCAAACUCGAAAUUCGCGACAAACUUAGCCAUCUACCUCACAUCGGGCACCAUCCGCGCGGCGCAGGCGCCCUUCUUCGAGACCCUCGACCAAACCGACACCUGUUCCCCCUGUUCCCAACGCAUCAUUAGUGCUUCAAUCUCCUACCUCUCCGAGAACCUCAUGCCCCGAAUCGGACCCUUCUAUACGCCUGAGUUUGUACAGUACUGGACAAAGCUCGUGGUUGCCUACAACGCCCUCUGCAAGACAUCGUUGGUUCAGAGAUGGCCAGAGGGGACCUUGAAUGUGACGGCGGCCAUCGCCCUUGCGGUCGCUCCUCCCGUGAUUUCUUCCUCGCAGUCUGCUCCCGAACCAGCGUCGCGUGCUAGCACUGUCGGUUCCUCUACCUCAAAUCGUUCUUCUCACGGGAGCUCUGCCGCCUCGACAUACUCUGUCUCACAAGGAUGUAUGGUUGUGAGUGUGGUUGUCACGGUCGGUGCCUCUGUUGCAAGUAGCCUCCUCCCAUGGCUGUAA